CUCUCAUUAUUCCUCCCACACGCUGUUUCUGAAGCGACAAACUCUGGGAAGCUGCGAACUGCGCCGAUCCCGCAAAGCGGCCGCCCUGAGCUUUUGAGAGGUGCUAUUCUGGGGCCGCGGUCGGUGCGAAGGGACUGGUAGCUUGUGCCAUCCAUACAGCUCUAGUAGAUCCCGCUUGCGGACUUGUGAGCUAUGGCCUCAAACCCGGAAGAUCAGCACGACCGGCGGUUACCCUCGCCUCAAUGGCGCUCGCCGCAGGGCACUCAACAAUUUCCAUAUCACAUACCCAGGCGGACGAUUCCCAUCCCGCCUUACCCGAACGACAGACGAGUUCACAAUAUGCAACUUCCUCCGCCAACGCAACAUCAUAUGCCGACAAAUCGUCCUUAUGACCCAUUCACGCAAUCUGGGAAUGCCUCUUCGGCAUUCUAUGAAGCAACUUCCCCGCACUCAGCUGCGCCGAUGCACUCUUCAGCAUUCUGUAGCACCAACAAUCAUUAUUGCAAUCAUCCACCAAGCUAUCGCUCUGAUGAUGACCAUGCAUCACAGUUCCAGCCCCACGAAUAUUCUCAUUCGACAAACUCGCAGUCGGUAGCGGCUCGUCCUAAAUCACUAUCACAGCGUCGAAUGUCCCGUUCUCCGGAAGCGGACACUCCUCCAGCAGCCGACGCUCCUUCUCGUAGCGGCCACCGAAACUCUAAACUGAGAACAUCAGAUAACGAGAAGGCUUCUCUUCGGGAACAAUGGCAGAACGAUGGGUCCGGCAGCAGCAUGAGUAACGGCAGCAAUGAUGGCUCCUCUCCAAAUGAAUCCCAGGAACGGGAUGAGGAUGAAAAGUCGUCACGAGAACCGGGAGGCUCUACUCAAUACCAAGCCCCAUCGCACUCCGCAACAUCGAAGCUCCAAAGGGACUCUUCGGCCUCUUCCGGGUCGAGUCGUGGCAGCGGCAGUGUCCCCAACCAAUCGAGCAUCCCAAUGGCUCGAGCGGAAGGCGAACGUAAUGGGUUCGCAAAAUCUUCGCAGUCCUCAGGCGAUGAUGACGACAGGAGAGGACCCUCACAUCAGACCAGUGAAGCGGACAUGUCCGCGGAUGUACCCGCUAAGUGUUCAUCAUCGGAAGUAUUUGGUUCCUCCGAAAAGUCUCCACAGAACGGAGCAGGUGGUCCGGCGAAGGUCAAGAAGACCCCCGGACGAAAGCGGCACAAGUUGAACACUCGCUUUGCCAAUGCGUUUAUUCGGCCUUUCGAAGCACCAAGAGACGCUUGUGAAGAGCUGUUGCGGACGAGCCGUGUUGUGAUCCGCCAACAUCCUAAACGCGCUAGGAUGAUCGGAUUUGGGGAGAAAGACCGGCGUCCUAUAGAUCCUCCGCCCAUUCUGGAACUCGAACUGCAGGACAAAAGCGAGCUUCCACUAGUAAUGCACAUCACGGCUGCAAAUCUGGUUGCGCAUGUUUCUUUAGUAUCAGAGUGCGGUCAAUAUGAACGCGACAUGGUCGUCAACCCAUUUGCCGUUCCACCGUCCGAGUCCGGUGCAAUGGCUCCCGACACUGCUUCCCUACCACAGGGCUCCAUACGUCAUCUGUCGCAUCCAAAUGACCGACCACAUAUUCACUCCGGCGUACCACAUACCCUUGCUUCGAACACCUCAUCAAAUGCCGAACGGAUAUCGAGGCACGACUCGAUGUCCGAUGGACCGCGGCUAGAUGGCGCCGGGCCUCAGGAGAGCCGCCCGACGCCCGAGAGUAAAUCAUUCCCGUCACUUCGAGUCGCCAAGCUGAACCAGACACAUAUGCAGGUGCUCAUAGGCACCCUGGUGUCUCCAUGUCACAUCCUGAACGACUGCGGGGGUCAGAAGGGGAUGUUCUUUGUGUUUCCCGACGUCAGCGUUCGAGUCGCGGGACGAUAUCGAUUGCGGUUCAUGGUCUUUGACGUCAGAAAUGCCUUCCUCCCAAAUCCGCCCAGGAAGCACGUAGUGCUGUCCGAUGUCUUCACGGUUUAUCACCCCAAAGAGUUUCCCGGCAUGGCUGAUUCAACUGACCUUUCCAAGUGCUUAUCACAUCAAGGACUUCGCAUUCACAUUCGCUCGGAUCCUAAAGUUAAGGAAGGGCCCGACAGUAAAGUAGCAUGAGCCUGAAUGCCCAGCAACACUGAAACCUGUAGAAAGUAUCUACUCAUGUCUAUUUGGGCGAGUCCACACGUGCCGUUGUAUAUACAUCAAAAUGUGCUAGUCACGAAGCUAUUCUGCGAUAAACACCGCUCAAUUUCCGUC